AUGUGCCCCAAAGUCCUGAGUUCCCCAAGGGUGCCCCAGACUCCAGAGAUCCCCAAGUUGCCCCAGAAUCCUGAGCUCCCCAAGGUAAUCGAGAUUCCAGUCCUCCACAGUGUACCCAAGAGUCCAGAGCUCUCCAAUGCAUCCGAGGGCCUAGAUCCCCCAAUGUACUUGCAAGUCCAGAGCUCCCCAGUGUACUCGAGAGUCCAGAGCUCCCCAGUGUGCCUGAAUCCAGAGCUCCCCAGUGUGACCGAGAGUCCAGAGCUUCCUGGUGUGAUGAGAGUACCGAGAUCCCCAAUGUACCGAGAGUCCACCGCUCUGCCCAAAUGUCCAGAGUGCUCCAGUGUAACCAAGAGUCCAGAGAUCCACCCCUUGAGAUCACCCUGGUGGUCCAGAAAUUCCCUCCCCCCACCCCACGAGUGUCCAGUUGAAAGUCAAGAGCUCCCCAGUGUACCCGAUAGUCCAGAUCUUGUCAAUGUACCCAAAGGUCCAGAGCUUCCCAAUUUACCCGAGUGUCUGGAGCUCCCCAGUGUGCCCGAGUCCAGAGCUCCUCCGUGCACCCAAGAGCACCAAGAUCCCCAAUGUACCAAGGGCUCACAGUCCGCCCAAGUGUCCAGAGCUCUCCAGUGUACCCGAUUGUCCAGAGAUCCACCCCUCAAGGUCACCCCGAUAGUCUGGAGAACACCCACCCACACCCCCAUGUGCCCAGAGCUCCCCCGGGGAGCCCAAAGUUCUCAAAGAGUCCAAUGUACAGGAGAAUCCAGAACUCCCCGGUGUACUCAAAAGUCCAGAGCUCCCCAAGGUACUAAAGAGCCCUGGGCUCCCCAGUGUGCCCGAGAAUCCAGAGCUCCCCUCAUAUGCCUUAUUGCCCAGAGCCCCCCCAGUGUACUCGAGAGUCAAGAGCCCCCCCAGUGUGCCCAAGAGUCCAGAGAUACCCCCCCAGCAUCAAGUGUCCAGAGUUCCCUCCAAGGGUCCACAUCUCCCCAAUGUGCCCAAGGUUCCAGGGCUCCCCCCAAAGUCCACUGCUCCCCAAGAAUCCAGAAGUACCCAGUGUGCCCCAGAGUCCAGAGCUCCCCAACUAUGCCCCAGAGUCUAGAGCACCCCUAG